AAUAAUUUGAUGAUUUCUGUCAUUUAGUAAACAGAUUAUGAAAAUGCACUUGCCUGGGGGUCUUGUUUAAUAAUUCAGGCAACUUAGUUUUUACUUAUUUAUUUAUUUAUUUAUUUGCUAUAUUCAGUGGUUAAGCUGCAAACACCUGCCACCCCUGCUCCCCAAAGAGGCAGCUUCUUCUGUUCUCCAAGUGAGAAUAAAAAAUGACAGAAACAGUAAAACACCCUGAGUGUGUCUGUAUAGUGGUUAGAGAGACACACUGCAAUUUGUGGCUGGCAGUUUAGGGUUAAGGUAUGAUUCCAGGUGAGAGAAGCCAAUGAGAGGACGCCCGGUUGAUGUGUCUGACAUCAUCUUGCUCGGAGCACCCAGCCCGGCCGGGGCAGCUCCCAGCCGCGGUUCCAGCCCCGCCGUGAUGGAUGCCGGCAGCCUCGCGCUGGGAGCCCCUUAUCUCGCUGCCGUGUGAGGCCCAAGGACCGCUCGAGCUGCCGGCUCACACCCGGCGUGGCCAGAUCGAGCAGAACCAAUUGUUUUCUCUGUGUCUGAUGCUGGAACCGUAUCACUAGAACUCAGAUGAUACUCAUCACCUGGGACGAUCACUGGAGAAUGUGUCUAUCUUCUUUUGGAGGGAUGCCAGGAAGGACACGGAAAUGUGCAGUUCUUAAAAACACACUAUAGAACAAACCAUGAAGGUGAUGCUACCGUAUGCCUUUCUUCAUAUGAGACACAACUGGAAAUAUUUUGAUAAAAUGAGAUGCUUGCGGAAACGAUCAGCAGUGUCAUUCUUAGGAGUCCUUGUCAUUUGCCUGCUGUUCAUGAACCUGUACAUUGAAGAUGGUUAUGUUUUGGAAGGGGACAAGCAAUUAAUCAGAGAAACAGCCACGCACCAGCUCAACCCAGAGCGUUAUGCUCACACGUACAAAGAUUUGUCUAAUUUCUCAGGAUCUAUAAACAUUUCCUAUCGCUACCUAGCUGGCACGCCUUUGCCGAGGAAAAGAUAUCUUACAAUUGGGCUAUCUUCUGUGAAACGGAAAAAAGGAAACUACUUACUCGAGACCAUCAAGUCCAUAUUUGAACAGUCAAGUUAUGAGGAACUUAAAGAAAUCACAGUGGUAGUACAGCUGGCAGAUUUUGAUUCAGCUUGGUGUGAUGUGAUGGUCCAGGAUAUUUCACAGAAAUUUGCACAUCACAUAAUUGCAGGCAGACUAAUAGUUAUUCAUGUCCCUGAGGAGUAUUAUCCAAUACUGGAUGGUCUCAAGAGAAAUUACAAUGACCCAGAAGACCGAGUUAAGUUUCGAUCCAAACAAAAUGUUGAUUAUGCUUUCCUGCUCAACUUCUGUGCUAAUCUUUCCGACUAUUAUGUGAUGCUAGAAGACGAUGUUCGCUGUUCAAAGAACUUUUUGACCACUGUUAAGAAAGUAAUUACCUCAAGAGAAGGAUCUUACUGGGUAACUUUGGAAUUCUCCAAACUGGGAUAUAUUGGAAAGCUUUACCAUUCCCAUGAUCUCCCACGCCUGGCUCAUUUUUUGUUGAUGUUUUACCAAGAAAUGCCUUGCGAUUGGCUGCUGAUACACUUUCGAGGGCUGUUAGCUCAAAAAGAAGUGAUACGUUUUAAGCCAUCACUGUUCCAGCACAUGGGAUACUAUUCAUCUUACAAAGGAGCUGAAAACAAACUAAAGGAUGAUGACUUUGAAGAGGAAUCAUUUGAUGUCCCUGACAACCCACCUGCAAACUUGCACACCAAUAUGAAUGUAUUUGAAAAUUACGAAGCAAGCAAGGCUUACAGCAGUAUUGAUGAAUACUUUUGGGGCAAACCUCCUUCUACAGGGGACUUUUAUGGCAUUGUAUUUGAAAAGCCCAUCAAAAUCAGUAAGAUUAAAGUUGUCACUGGAACUGAAGAUCGACAAAAUGACAUUCUGCGUCAUGGGGCUUUGGAAGUUGGAGAGAAGAUUGUAGGAAGUAAAACAGGGAGAAAAUGUACCACGUAUUUGAGACUAGGGGAAUUCAAAAAUGGGAAUUUUGAAAUGACAGACGUAGAGCACAAAGUCUUGUUUGAUAUUAGCUGCAUGAGAAUUCUUGUUACCAAAAGUCAAAAAGAGUGGUUAAUCAUUAGAAGCAUUAGCAUCUGGACUUCUCAAACAUCAAGUCAAUAAAACGAAGCUACCUGAGAAGGUACAGAUUAAAUGCAAUCAGCUGGGUCCCAAAUGGUACCAUUUCCCAGAUAAACUGACUUAUUUCCAACUCUUUCCUAGAGACACAGGAAAUCUGGGUAAAUACUAAAAUUAUCAAAGCAAUUUAUUUUUUACUAGUUUGGCCAGGCAAUACACAAGCAUUUAUUUGUUGAAAAUUUUGAAUUUUAUAGGAAAUGCAAAGUUCUGAAACUUUUAUUGAGAUCUUGAAUCCUUUUUUUUUUUUUUUUUUUUUUUUAAAAAAAAUAUAUAUAUAUAAUUUCUCUUUAUAGAGAGAUUUUCUGUACAAUACAGAUCAAAACAAAACAUACUAUAAUUACUGGGAAAUUUAAAGCUAUGACCAGUAUGUUGUGAACAGAAGUUGGAUUCCACCUUAUGCACAUAAAAUGUAAAAUGUUAUGGUAGUAUGCGUUUGUAAAAUAGUUGGUGAUAUGUUUCUUUUAAAGGUAAUUGUGACAAGGAUGUCUGUCCUGAAACUGGCAAUUUCAUUCUAAGAACUGUAAGAAAAUACUGUGGGUAGUCACUGAAAAUUCUUUUCAAAUGGGAAUGUAUGCAAAAUUAUGAAUCUGCCAUGAUUACUCUGUGAAAAAUAGAUAAUUGCGUCUAUUAUUCUGUCUCAACAAAUAUCCUUUAUUCUUUCUCCUAGGUUAAAUACUACUAAUAUUUUAUAUUAGUUAGGAGAACAAUUUCAUCUUAUUCAAAUAAAAUUCCUCAUAGUAAGCAAGCAUUCUGCUUGAGUACAGGUGUCAGUAUCAAAUCCAGGCACCCCAAGGGCAACAUUUCUUUCUUAGGCAUCUUAACAUAUUUAACUUUCAUAACUUUCUGUUCUUUUAGUUUGCAGAACUCCCUGUGAAAAUUAUGUACACAGCUGCUGUAUUCUUCCUGACAAUUGCUCUGCCUUCCCUACUUAGAUGUCUGGUCUAUAUAUGUUGCAAAUGUAAAGUGUACCAGGUAAAACAACUGAAAAUGAAUGUUACAUCAUUCUUUACUGGCUGAUGUCCAGGCAAUAGACCAGAUGUAAAAUGAAGACGCUUAAUUUAAGGAUCAAUUAAUAUGUUUCCUAUCUUUUUUUCCUAUCAUUCUCUAAAUUUUAUCACAUUGGUCCUGUUGCCACCUUUUCAUAGCCUCGAGUUUUUCCCUAUAAAUUUAUUUUGUCUGGCUUGAGCCAAUAAGCAGAAAGCUUCCUCAGUCCUAAUGACUUCAAUGUAAUCUCUGGAUUUCCAUUGGAUUACACAGGGAGGCUGUAUGGCUACAUGAUUUAUAUUACAUGAAUACAUUUGCAUGAGUAGAAUCUACAGGGUUAUUCUUUUCUUCUAAGAAAUUCUGCAGACAUUCUCAGAAGAAACUAAAAACUCUGUAGGUAUAACAAAUGUGACACAGAUGAGCACUGUAUUAUCAAACCCAUGAAUACUGUGGCUAUCAUCUAAUUACAUGAAUGGAUUUUAGUUAAACCUGGGAGGCAAAGAUUAAAUUUCAAGAAUUCCUGCACUGACCAAGAAUGAACUAACUACUGUACUCAGUACAUCCAAACUUGACAUAGCUAUUUCAGAAAAGUAAGUUACUUGAAAACCUACACAAAACAGCAAUGAAAUUGCUUUUCCUGAUUCAUAAAUCCUGCUAAAUUCAAGUCCAGGUUUGGAAAAUCUCCUACUCAGAGGCAGGUACAUUUUAAAAUAUAUCUAAUACUACAUGCUUAUACAUAACUCAAAAAAGCAUCCUUUCCUUUAAGAAGAGACUUUUCUCCUUAAUACACAACUAAAUCUCUUCUCAUAUUUCUAUGGAAAGACAUCUUAAAAGCAACAUACAUGUCCAAUCUGGAAAGGAAAAUAUCACUUUUUUAAAAUGACUUUUUUUUUUAAAUGAAAAAUAUGCACCAUUCUCAAAUGGUUAUAAAAACUUAAAAAAGGAACUGCUUUUUAACAGUGAUUACCCAUGACUAUCAACUUACUAGUUGAUAAUUAGUUAUGAGUCGACAAUAUGGUUUUAAAUGAAAUGUCUUUCUACAUUUCCUUUCCUUGAUCAUCAGCUAUUAGUGCCAAAGCAAAUAUAACUAGGCUAACUAGGAAUGUUUACUUUUAUUCAGAAAUGCAGUAUUUCCAACCAAAUCUUCCAAAUCAGGAUGGAGAACAUACUCAGUCUAUAUGUUCUAUAAUGAAAAGUCAGUAAUGUUACUGUAAUCUAAACCAUGCACAGUAUGAAUGGGUGAUAUGCAUUAAAUGCUCUCAGCAAAAGCUUUAAAGAGUAUUUUAUGAACUAUAAAUCAAAAUAAUCAGUUCAACUGUGCAAAAACUUACCUAAUAAAACAUUUUUAGUCAGGCUUAUAGUAAAAAUAAUUUUAAGUUGGAGUCUAAAUAACAGUCCCUCAGAAAUGCAAUUUCAAAUUGAGGCCUAGACACUAGCAUCUGAUGCCUGGCCAUGAUGCAACAGCUGGGAGGAGCUGGACAUGCCAGUUGAACAGUGGAAUGCCUGAAAAUGAUGAAAACAACUUCUUAUGCUAAAUUUGCUGAUUCUAUGCAUUUAGGAGACUGUACCCUUCUGAACUAUAGCUUGUGUGUGAAAAGAGUCACAAUACUUAUUACCAUUCCUUUGAUAGCAGAACACAACUGCUUUCCUUUCUAAAACACUAGCAGUGAAUUUUAUCUCCUGCACCAUACAGAUGUGGCAAUAAAACUCAUCUGGUUUCAGGCUUUUCCCUGUCUGAGAGGCUCAAAUCCACGGAUAACAAGCAUUUGCCCUCGAAGGAAGUUUGCUUCAGGUGUCGGUAGUGGUAUGCUCUGGGAAUGAGAGGUAUGCUUAAUUCCUCCUCUUUUAUUUUAUUUGAGAACAAAAAAAAAAAAAAAAAAUAAAUUAAAGACUCAUUUAACGCAGGAGAAGCAAGAACACUGUCCCAUAGAAUGCCUGAGCACUCACUUGAGUGUGUGGGUUCCACUUCCUCUUCCAAGUAAUGCACAUUUUACCCAACACAUUAAAAUGAAAAUUGUUGCCAACUAUUUUUUUCUGCCAAAAAAAUACCCCCCAACACCACAAAAAAAAAAAAUAAAUAAAUAAAAUAAAAUAGUGUUAGUUGGUUUUCAGACAGAUUUCAGAAAGAUAUAAUUGAGAUAUUUUUUCCUCAUGUGUUAAGAAAAGUGAUUGCCUUCAGAAAGAGAAAGAUUUAACUGGAAGUGUAUAUGUUCACUGAUGCUUCCCAAAGUUUGGAUUUUCUUUUUUCUUUUUUUAUAAAUACACUGAUUAAACAAAAUAUUGGCAGUGUCUCUGUU